CACUCACCAUCAGAACUUGCAGCUGAACAAAUUGAUUAACCAUAACUAUGGCCGAUCAAACACCGGCGCUAGGUCCCAUCGGCGAUCUCGAUCCCUACGCCUAUCUCGGCCUGCUCCGUCAUUCCGACGGCUCCAUCACUCGCGCCUGCGACGACCCUUUCACUCCAGCCUCGGCUGAUCUCAGCCACCCAUCUCCCGUCCUCACCAAGGACGUUCCGAUCAACCGAUCCACCAACACUUGGGCCCGGAUUUUCCUGCCCCGGGAAGCAUUGGAGCACUCCCCACCGGCCAAGCUACCCCUCCUCGUCUACUACCAUGGUGGCGGCUUCGUCAUAUGCACUGCCGGCUCAACUUUAUUCCACGGUUUCCUCUCAAUGGUAGCCGUUGAAACAAAAUCGAUCAUCGUCUCCAUCGACUAUCGUCGGGCCCCGGAGCACCGUCUCCCGGCAGCUUACGAUGAUUCCUUCGAAGCGUUGCACUGGAUCAAAACCUCCGGAGAGGAGUGGCUGACCCGAUUUGCAGACUUGUCAAACUGUUUUCUGAUAGGCAGCAGCGCCGGCGGUAACAUUGUCUACUUCAUGGGGCUACGCGCAGCCACAGCGGUUGACCAUCUGGGGCCUCUGAAGAUCAGAGGGCUGAUAUUGCACCACGCUUACUUCGGCGGGGAGAAGAGAACUGCGUCGGAGAUAAGAUUGGCCGACGACAAGAUACUGCCACUUCGCUUGAACGAUCUGUUCUGGGAACUGGCUUUGCCGGCCGGCGCCGAUCGUGAUCAUGAGUAUUCCAAUCCGAUUGCCGGCGGAGGAUCGGAGCUGCUAGAUGAGAUCCGGAAGCUGGGCUGGAAGGUUUUGGUGGCGGGCUACGACGGUGACCCGUUGAUCGACCGUCAGAAAGAGCUAGCGAAGCUGAUGGAGGAGAGGACUGUGAAAGUGGUGCGUUGUUUUGGCGAGGGAGGCUAUCACGCCAUGGAAGCAUUUGAGCUCUCCAAAGCAAAGCCGUUCUGUGAUGUUCUAAAAGAAUUCAUCUCGUCUUCGAUCGCUUGCUAAUUAAGGUUUAAGAUUUAGAAAUGAGAUGUUCUUGAUGUCUCCACAUAUAAUAAGCCCGCUGUAUGUAACUGUUAGCUUAACUAUUUGAAUAAAUAAAACAUAGUGGGCCAGACGUGAGUUGAUUA